CCUUGGGCCCCCGCCCAGCAGGCGCCGCCGGAUUUCCCCUCCAAACUGACACUGCUACAGUACAAGUACAAGUACUCCGCAGACCCGUGCAGCACAGUAUUUCCCACUGGCUAUUCAGUGCCACAUCACCAAUCAUCAAUCAUCAUGGACCCUUCAGGUGCUACUGGAGGCCCGUCGCAGGCCCAGCCACGCCCGCGCAAGCGCGCUCGCACUGCCCGCGCCUCGGAAGCUGGAAAUGCGGCUGCUGGGUGCCCGUUGGCCCCCGUCCCACAAGCAACCCAGGGCUGGGGUCACCACAGUCAGACCGUGCGUGCGCCCGUCGACACCGUGCCCACUCAACAACAACAACCUCCUUUUCCGUCGCAGCAACUCGAUAGAUCGCACCAGCAUCAGGUCGCAGACGCCGACGGAUUGAUGAACGGCUACAGCGGCGUCCCGCAGCAUACUCAAUACCCCGAUCCGCAAUCAACGCUCGCCCCCGCUACGCAGCCGGACAGUUCGGGCCUCAGCAGUCUGAGCGCACUUGCCGGCGAUCACCAGCACCAACAACACGCGCAGCAGGGCCAGCAGCACCACCAAGCCCAACAGCAACAGCAGCAGCAACAGCAACAGCAACAGCAACAGCAGCAGCAGCAGCAGCAGCAGCAGCGAGGGGCCAACAAGCCCGAUCGAAUCAUCUUCCAACAUCAGUACGGCGCGCCUCAUCCCGGCAGCAAUUCGUCUCCGACAUCCGUGGCGAACCCGUCAUCCGCGUCGGCUGGCUACAACAUUCCGCAGUGGACAGUGCCCGACACCAACACUGCGCCGCAACAACAACAGUCUUCUGCACCGUCGUCUUCUUCGAUGCCUCCGCAGUCGCCCGCCUUGGGCUCUUCCGCGGGCUUAGCGCCCCCGCCUGAGGGCAUCUACCGCUCUUUCGACGAUCUGCUUUCGUCGGUGCAGCGGACCGCAAAGGAGCAGGGAUACAGCAUUGUGAAACUGCGCGCAAGCAACUAUCGUGAUGGUAAACCGACGCGCUACGAUCUGGUGUGCGACCGCGGCGGCGUCAAGUACAGCAGCACCGCCAAGAAACGCAACCCCAGCACUCGCAAGGUCGACUGCCCGUGGCGCGCUAAGGCAGUGUGCGAGGUGAAU